AAGCAGCAGCAGCAGACGCAGCAGGGGCCGACGGCGCCAGCCGAUACGCGGGCGGCGCAGCAGCAGCAGCAGCAGCAGACACAGCAGCAGCAGCAGGGGGGUGGGCGGAAGAAGCUGGUGGUGGUGGAGGAGUCUGAGAGUGAGGAGGAGAGCGAGGAGGAGGUGCGGGCAGGAGGUGGCGGUGCCGCCUCGGAGCCUCCCGCCCCGCCCGCCGCCCCCGUCACCAACACCGCGCCUGCCAUUCCUGAAGCGCCGGCAGAGGCACCUCCUGCUCCCGCUGUAGCAGCCCCGGCACCGCCCGCGGUCCCCGCUUCUGCGCCGUCCCCUGCCCAAGUCGCAGCAGCCCCUGCUACUCCGCUGCCGGCUGAGGCCGCCGCUGCGCCUGCUGCAGCCCCCGCCCCCGCCCCUGCGCCCGCCCCUCCCUCGGCACCAGCGCCGGCCCCUGUCGCAGCCCCGGCUCCCGCACCCGCUGCUGCUGCUCCCCCGCCUCCCCCGCAGCUGCCUCCGCUCCCGCCUCCGCCGGUGCUGCCCGUCGCCCCGUCCCCUGCGGAGUUCGAUGCCGCCGUGGAUGCGGUGAAGCUGGAGGGCAACCGCGAGUUCCGCGCCGCCAACUGGGUGCGGGCGGUGCAGCUGUACUCGGAGGCGCUCAGCCUGGCACCCGACCUGGCCACACUCUACCUCAACAGGUCGAUGGCUCGUCUGCGCAGCGGUCUGGCGCUGGAGGCGCUGCGUGACGCCUGCCUGGCGGUGGCGCUGGACCCCGCCUCCUACAAGGCGCUGCACAAGCGGGCCAGAGCGAAGGCGCAGCUCAACCUGUGGGAGUCUGCUCGCGACGACCUGCAGCAGUGCCACGACAUGCUCCCCACCGGGCCCAAGGAGCGCGCCGCGCGGGAGGAGGUGGCGCGGGACCUGGAGGAGGCGGCCGGCCACGUGCAGGCGCGGGCACGGCGGGCGGCGGAGCGGGCGGCGCGCGCGGCGGCUCAGCCCCAGCGCGUGACCAACUAUGCGCGCGCCAAGGUGACGAUCGAGGAGCACCCGGACGAGGAGGAGGAGGACGAGAUGGACAAGUCGGCGCUGGCCCCCGAGGUGGCUGCGGAGCUGGAGGCGGAUGCGCAGCACCGGGUGCCGCAGCUGCGGGCGCAGGGUGCGGCGCUGCGGGCGCAGUGGCUGCAGCAGCGCGAGGCGCAGGCGCUGGAGGUGUACCGCCGGGAGCUGCUGACCUGGCAGGCGGCCAGGGAGCGAGCGGAGGCGGCGGCGGCAGCCGCAGCGGCGGAGGCGGACGAGCGGGCUAGGGCCGCAGCGGCUGCAGCAGCAGCAGCCGCAGCCCCUGCGGCUGCCACACCAGCUCCCAGCGGGAGUGCGGGUGCGGGUGCUGCUGGAGGCGCGGCGCCGCCGGGGCGCAGCUUGGAGGAGGUGAAGAGCGAGGGCAACGCGCACUACUCCGCGCGGCGCUUCGCGGAGGCUGAGCGGUGCUACCGCGCGUGUCUGGCGCUGCAGCCGGACAGCGCGCCCGUGCACCUGAAUCUGGUGGCGGUGCUGAAUGAGACGGAGCGCUGGGGGGAGGCGGAGGAGGUGGCGGACAGGGCGCUGGAGCUGCUGUCGGCCAGCUCGGCUCUGCCCCCGCAGCAGUUGGCCAACCUGCGCUCCAAGGCCUUCCACCGCCGCUCGCUGGCCCGGCGCAGCCUGGGGCGGCUGGCGGGGGCGCUGGAGGACCUGCGGGCCGCCAAGCAGCUGCUGGGGGUGAGUGCGGUGCUGGACCGGGAGCUGGAGGAGCUGGGGAGGCAGAUGGACGAGGCCAGGCAGCAGGCGGCGGAGGAGGCGGAGGUGGAGACGGCGGAGGAGGCACCGGCACCGCCGCCGCCGCCACAGCAGGCGGAGGAGGCGACGACGGAGGUGAAGCCGCCGCCGCCGCCGCAGCAGCCGGUAGUCGCGGCGGCCGCAUUGGAGGCAGCGCCUGCUCCCGCAGCAGCAGCAGCAGCCACUGCAGUGCCCCCGGCCCCGGCGGCAGCCGGCAGCGGCAAAGACAGCGGCAGCGGCACAGCUGCCUCCGUGCCGCCCGCAGCGCAGCGCCGCAAGAUGCAGAUUGUGGAGGAGGACGAGGACAGCGAGGAGGAGGAGGAGGCGGCACCGCAGCGGCAGCCCCCACCUGCCCAGCAGCCAAGCAAGGCCCCCAGCGAGCAGCCCCCAGCGGCCCCAGCGCCCGCUGCAACCUCAGUACCCGCUGCACCCCAGGGCCCCGCGGCCGCGCCGGCACCCGCUGCAUCAGCCACCCCAGCUGCGCCCGAACCCACCGCUGCCCCUGCUGCAGAGCCGGCCUCCGCACCGGCCGCAGCGGCCCCCGCCGCCGCGCCUGCUGCGACACCUGCACCUGCCCCCAUCCCUGCACCCACCCCCGCACCUACCACCACGCCCCCCACCACCAUUACGGGCGAUGCCGGCGAUGCUGCGGAGGCUGCCCGCCUGCGCGAGGAGGGCAACCGCAUGUUCGGAGUGGGCAACUACGUGCGCGCAGCGGACUACUACGCCCGCAGCAUCCGCGCCUGCGCGCACAACCCCGCCUCCUACUGCAACCGCGCCUACGUCUACUUGCGCCUGAACCGCCCCGCGGACGCGCUGCUGGACGCGGAGGCCGCCAUCGAGCAGCAGGGCGGCCACUACCCCAAGGCGCAGCUGCGGCGCACCCUGGCGCUGCGGGAGCUGGGGCGGCUGGCGGAUGCGAUUGCGGCGGUGCGGGAGCUCAUUGAGCUGGAGCCCGCCGACCCGCAGCUGCAGGAGAUGUUGCACGACAUGCAGCGGCAGGCGGCGGCGGCGGCGGCGGGAGGUACGGCAGCGGUAGCAGGGCAGAAGGACAAGGCAAGGGAGCAGAAGCAGGUGGCGGCAGCCAAUGGCGGCCCGGCGGGGGUGACGGCAGCGGCACCUGCUCAGGCGCCACCUGUACGGCACAAGGUGUUGGUGGUGGAGGAGGGGGAUGACGACGAGGAGGAGGAGGAGGGCGCCGCCACUGCCGCCGCCAGCACCAGCAACGGCAACAAAGCCGCUGCCGCCUCACCCGACACACAGCGCCGGACUGAAUCGCCUGCCACUGAGCGGCUCGCAAAUGGGUCCAACGGCCCUGCCGCCGCCACACAACCCUCCCCGGCAUCCACCGCCGCCGCUGCCGCCGCGAGCCCCUCCGCAGCCCCUGGCGGCCGCAGCAGCCUGCACGAGGCCGCCUCCGUCAAGGCCGCCGCCGCCAUCGCACUGGCCGCCAAGGCGCCCAAGCAGCCGCCGCCGCCCAAGAACGCGCACGAGCUGGAGCAAGCACUCAAGAACCUUGCCGCGCACCCUGCCGUACUGCACAGCUAUGUACGAUCACUGGAUCCGGCCGCGUACGACAGCACCAUCAAGAGCAACCUGUCGGUCAAGAUCAUUCAGGCACUUGUGGAUACGGCCAAGCAUGUGAUGGGAGCGGCGGGCGCGGCGACUGGGACCGAUGCUGAGCAGCAGCAGCAGCCGCGGCCUCCCUCUGCGGAGGAUGUGGGGUUUGUGGAGCUGUGUCUUGAGAGGCUGGCGGGGGUGCCGCGGUUUGAGGUGACGUACGGCAUGGGGGGUAAGGCGAUCAAGGAGGGCGUGCGGGAGGUGGUGGCGGCGCUGGCGGCGGCGGGGCGGGACACAGCACUGCUGCGGAAGAGGUACAAGCUGUAAGGGAGAGACCCAUGGGUCAGCUAGGAGCUUAGGGAUGUUUUCCGGGUCGUGGAAUGUUCUUGCAGGAUAGUUUUAAACGAACGUGCAGGUCCGGGCAUUAUGAUAGUAUACCUGGUGUGUUGGGACUGCUUGUAGGCGUUACCGCAUACCCUGUAGGAUGCCUAGUAGAAGAAUGUAUGCAAACGGAGAUUCAUUUGAAGUCGGGCUCGUGCAUGGCCCAUAGUGCCUACGCAAUGUGCAUGGUGCAUGCGUGCGCGUGCUGGAUCACACUCCGGUGCUGGCCACUUGUCAACAGGGGGCGGUGCUGCACACGUAGCGUGGAGGGCAGGUUGUUAGGGGUUGUAUCAGAGUGCCGUGCUGCUUCGAGAUCGGGUGGUGCAGAUAUGGUGUCGUACACAGUUCAUGCGGGUGUGCUCUACAUCGGAUAUAGAGCAAUCACUUGCUGGUUCCGCGGUGCAUGGCACCCACUGAAUGUAACACGUGCUUGGUUC